UUGAAAUGGCUGGGUAGUGGACAUGUAGUGCACUACUCAGCCACAGGAAUCCGUUAUAUUCCUACUGUAUGUUGUGCAGUAUGUAGGGAAUAAGGAGCCGUUAGACAUUCCGCCUACAGUAGUACCCCCACCGACAUUUUGGGAGUCAGAAUAUAAACAUUGUCACUGUAAGCCUAUAUGUUUUGGGCUUUUUGGUGGGUUUAAUAUGGUUCACACGUGCGUGGUGGCGGGGUGUCGGAACAGGAGGACGCCCGGUACCGCGUUAUCCUUCUACAGGUUUCCGCGCGAUCCGGAGAGGAAGCAGCGCUGGAUUGCUGCUGUGAACCGUAAGGGCUGGGUGCCAAACGAGGGCAGCAGACUCUGCAGUACCCACUUCAUUUCAGGUAAACAAGUGAAGAAUCCUAGAUCUCCAGACUACGUCCCUUCAGUUUUCACCUCUGCUACACUAUCCCCAAACAUUAAAGAAGCAAAUGCUUUUGAGCCAUAUGACAAACAAGAAGCACAAGUUGAGGCUGCAAAUGCCUUACUUUUCCUACAAGGACAGGGACGUUUUAAUGAAGGCCAUAGCCAUAACCAGUGUCAAGGUGAGCCUGAAAGCACAUCGUCUUGUCUGAACAGCGAUGAUGAAAGAAAGGAUGCUGAAGGGACGGAAGAAAUUGUAUCAGAAAGUGAAAACGAGAGCAACGAAGAAGAGCCACCCAGAAACAGUUUCGCAAAGUCUGUCAUUUAUGAGGCCAAAGUAAAUGCCCUGAGGAAAGAGAAUAUGAAACUGAAGGAGUCCUUAGAGAAGAUGUCGCUCACUGAAGCCUCUUUUAAGAAUGAUCCAGAAAAGGUUCAGUUCUAUACAGGAUUGCCAAACUAUUUUGUCUUCGAGACGGUAAUGUGGCUUCUUGUGCCGCAUAUGAAAGGGGACAAAAAUGCAAAGCUUUCAAACUUCCAGCAAUUACUUUUGACUUUAAUGAGACUCAGGCUUGAUCUUAGGAAUCAGGACUUGGCUUACCGUUUUGGAGUUAAAGUUUCCACAGUAACCAGGACUGUUCAUCGAAUCAUCAACAUAAUGUUUACCACGCUGGUACCCACUGCUGUAUUCUGGCCGUCUAGAGUGGAACUCCGGAAAAACUUGCCAGAAGCUGUGAAGUGUACACAUCCAGACUGCGCUGUGAUUAUAGACUGCUUUACAGUAUCACUUGAAAAAGCAGUCAGUAUAGAUACACAUCGUCAAGGUGCAAGAGCAAUAAGGGAGGUGAACACUUCAUCACCACAGCCUGCUUUUAUCAGUGAGCUCAAAUACGUGAUUGGUGUUGCCCCCCAGGGGGCGGUCAUGUUCGUCUCCAGAGGAGCACCCGGCAACGUUAGCGAUAAGACUCUGGUCGAGAGUUGCGGUUUCCUUCAUAAGCUCCUGCCUGGAGAUGUGGUUCUGGCUGAACGUGAUUUUGAAAUUAAGGACUUGGUGGGAGCUCACAGAGCUGAGCUCACCAUCACUAGUAGUGAACUUCAUGAGACUGACCGGAGUAACCAGAACCCAAGAGAUGAAGCUUCUCUGGCAGCUACAGAAAGAAUGAAUGUGUACAGGCAUGUGGAACGGGUGAUACAAAUGGUCAAAAAGAGAUAUUCUAUGCUGACUGGCCCAGUAGAGAGCGCUUUUACAGUCGUAGAUCGGAGCACCAAUGUGACCACUUUUGACAAGAUGGUACAGGUUGCAUGUGCCUUAAAUAACCUGUGUAUUUCUGCUGUUCCACUUGAUUGACUUGCAUCCUAAAAUAUGGAAAACAUCAGGAGGAUACAUAAUGUUACUCAAGGGAUCGCAAUUAAUAGGCUUUUUAUGGUAACACAUAUUGUAGCCAUUUCAAUUGUUUCCGUUCAUACUGAGCCUGUAGUUGUAUCAUGUGACAUGAGUAAGGGAGGGUGAAGGCUGCACGUUGCAUGUAAAGCCUAACUUGUCAUCUAUCUAAACCACUAUGAACCUUUAGCAGCUGGCACAUGGAUCACAGUGAAAAUAUGUAUUCUCAAACUAGAACUUGUCCGAUCGUUUCUGGCAACAAAGUGCACCUGAGAUUAAAUCCAACCACUGAAUUUGUUUGCAAUUAUUUGUUAUUUAUUUAUGAAAUAUAUGCAACUCAUGCCUAGCUCCUUACAAGGGUUUUUGCAGUACUGUAUUAUUUUAAUCAUCCCAAGGACAAAACAUUUUAAUGCCACUCCCUUAAGUAUAACCCUGGACUGAGUUCAGGCCUUGCAAGUUGUCAGUAUCAUGUGAUUGAGCAUUCUAUGCAUAGUUUGAUAUAAGAAUGCUAAUGUUCAGAUAGAUCCUUUAUUGAAUAAGUAUCUCACCAUACAGCUGGGGUCAUAAGUUUACAUACACCUUGCAGAAUCUGCAAAAUGUUAAUAAUAAAAAAUAUGUAAUAUAAAAAAAUUGUUAAUAAAAUAUGUUAAUAAAAAAUUUGCAUUUGGACUAAUUAAUUGGACUCUUAAUCUCAGGAUUGUGGGUUUGAGCCCCACGCUGGGCUCCAACCCCAGCCACUGGGGGCGCACAGGCUAGUGCACUCUCAGUGCCGGUCCCAAGCCCGAUAAAUGGAGAGGGUUGUGUCAGGAAGGGCAUCUGGCAUAAAACCUGUGCCAAAUCACGUAAAACCUGUGCCUAACGGGAGGAGCCGGAAGAACAACAACAUAAAAAUUGCUUUUUUAAAUUUUAAAAAAAAUUUUUUUUUUUAUUUAGUACUGCCCCGAAUAAGCUAUUUCACAUAACAGAUGUUUACAUAUAAUCCACAAGACAAAAGAAUACCUGAAUUAUACAAAUGAACCAGUUAAAAAGUUUACAUACACCUGAUUCUUAAUACUGUGUGCUGUUACCUGGAUGAUCAACAACUGUUUUUAUGUUUUGUGAUAGUUGUUCUUGACUCUUGUUCUUCAGAAAAAUCCUCCAGGUCCAGCACAUUCUUUGCUUUUCCAUCAUCUUUUGCAUAUUUGACCCCUUUCCAACAGUGUCUAUAUGAUGUUGAGAGCCAUCUUUUCACACUGAGGACAGCUGAGGGACUCGUACACAACUAUUACAAACAUUCACUGAUACUUAAGAAGGCAACACGAUAUAUUAAGAGCCAGGGGGGUGUAAACUUUUGAACAGGAUGUUCGGUGUAAAUUGUUAUUUUGUUUAAAGAUCUUUUUUUUUUAUUUAGUACUGCCUUUCCAAAGCUGCAUAAGGUAUUUUCAUGUUUCCCAGAAGACAAAAUAAUAACAAUUUACACCAAUCAUCCUUUUCAAAAAUUUAAACACCCUCCUGCCUCUUAAUGUAGUAUGUUUCCUUCUUGAGCAUCAGUGAAUGUUUGUAACUUUUGUAAUAGUUGUGUACGAGUCCCUCAGUUGUCCUCAG